GCGACUGUCAAUUGUGUUCCCUAUUCUCGUCAAAAGUCGGCUGUUGUUGCCCCGAGCAGAACCAAGACGCCCGUAGUGUCCGUGUGUGGUCAGAGCAAUGCGCCCCACGCUGACGCAGGGACGGAUCUCCUCUCCUCUGGACGCUGAACGCACCGCAAGUUCGCUCCUCUGUGCACUUUGACAUCGAUGUGUUUUGGGGAGAAAGGAGCCUCGUAGCCAACCCUGGGUUGUUUCCAAACAUUAUUUUUCCACCAGCACCACCUCGCUUUCUCCGUCCAUCGUCACGCACUGAGGCUUUACGGGAGGUUCUGAUGCACUAACUGUGCCCUGGUCGCCUCGGGGACAAGCGAGGCUGGGAGCGGUGGAGACUUGUUGCGCGCAUCCGGGGAGCGCACCAGUCCAGUUUUCAUCCAAGUCGAUACCUGCGUGCGAUGCUCUGAUUUCCACAGUGAGGCGCUUAGUGGAGCGGGGAUGGACUGUGGAGACCAGCUCACACUCUGCCUGAAGUCAGCACGGCUCUGCGCUCAGUGACUAUGACAAUCUGCUCAUAAUUAAGCAAAUUGGGGUGAUUAGUUCCCUCCAGUGUGACAGAGCUGAUGCUUCAGGGAAGCAAGAACCCAUUUCUCCUUUAAAUGGCACCAGCGCGCCGCCGAGUCAAACUUUAUUCGGGUCAGAUCCGACGACUUGAUUAAUCUUCCUCUCCCGGUGUUUUCUAAAUCGAGCCCUCCUUCCUCCUCGUCGACAUGUCUGAGCGCGAUGGAUAUGGAGACGGGCUGUGCAGCGACGGAGCGCCUGACUGCAUCCCGCCGAGAGCGUCCCGCGGCCGGCGGAGCGGUGUCAUCCUCCCCGGUGGCGGCCAGGACACCGACACCAUCCUCCUGGACUCCGUGAAGGCAGCACCGCGCCGGAGCAGCAUCAUUAAGGAUCCCUCAGUGCAGAAGGUGGGCGGAGGCAGGAAGAAGACUGUGUCCUUCAGUAGCAUGCCCUCAGAGAAGAAGGUGAGCAGUGCCGCAGACUGCUUGGCGUUUAUGCAGGGCGGGUGUGAGCUGAAGAAGAUCCGACCCAAUUCCAGGGUUUACUGCCGUUUCUACACCCUGGAACCAGACCUCAGCUGCUUACGCUGGGAACCGUCAAAGAAGGACGGGGACCGGGCUCGACUGGACGUCUCCAGCAUCCGGGAGGUCCGUACCGGAAAGAGCACCGAGACGUUCAUCCAUAACGGUCCUCUCUCUGAACACCUGGCUGAGGAAGCAGCCUUCUCCAUCAUACAUGGGGAUGACUACCAGUCUCUGGACUUGGUUGCAUUGUCGGCAGAUGUGGCCAACAUCUGGGUGACCGGCCUUCGCUACCUGUUGGCCCACCCCUCAGUCAUCGGGGCGGCUGGGGGAGGUGGUGGAGGGCUGGGUGAAGGGGGUGGUGUGGCUGUAGAGGGCAGCCUGGGAGGCAAGAUGAGGAGUGAGUGGCUGGCAGCGGAAAUCGCCCAGGUGGAUGAAGACGGCUACGGCAUUGUGUCUGAGGACGUGGCAGUUGCCACCAUCUGUAAACUGUGCCCCGGUAUCAAGGAGGCCAAGGUCCGCCUGCGUUUUAAGGAGAUCCAGCGCAGCAAGGAGAAGCUGACCUCCCAUGUGACACGCGAGGAGUUCCAGGAGGCCUACUGUGAGCUUUGCACCCGGCCUGACGUCUACUUCUUAUUGGUGCAACUGUCAAAGGACCGCGAGUGUCUGGACCCUCAGGACCUGCGCCUCUUCUUGGAGACGGAGCAGGGUUUGUCUCUGGCGACAACCGAGGGCUGCUGGGAGCUUCUGAGGCGCUGUGAGCCCUCGGCCCAGGGCCGGGAGAGGGGGCUGCUGGGUUUGGAUGGAUUCGCCCGCUACCUACAGUCUCCUGAGUGCCAGCUGCUUGACCCAGAGCACCUGGGAGUUUGUCAGGACAUGAACAUGCCUCUGUCCCACUACUACAUCAGCACCUCGUACCGCUCCUACUUGCUGGAUGACCAGGUCCACGGCAGGGCAGACCUAGGAGGCUUGAUCAAGGCCCUGCAGUCCGGCUGCCGAUGCUUGGAGCUGGGGGUGACUGACGGCCCAGAGGGGGAGCCUCUUCUUGGGGUCGACUAUGGUCCAGAUAUCCCCCGCCACCAUCAUCACCACCACCACCAUCACCACCACCACACACCUGUCACUAUCCGCUCUGCUCUGGAAGUGGUCAAUAAGUAUGCCUUCCUGACCUCUCAGUACCCACUCUUGCUGUACAUAUGCCAGCGUUGCUCUCCUGCCCAGCAGCGGACCAUGGCACAGCACCUGAAGAAAGUGUUUGGCUCCCGUCUUUACACUCCAGAGGCCCUGCCUGUCAGCCUAGGAGGGCGAGCGACAACCUGACCCUCCCCCGAGCAGCUAAAGGGACGCAUCUUAAUAGUGGGGAAGAAGCUGCCUCCAGAGCAGGAGGGCUCUGAUGGGGAGGUAUCUGAGGAGGAUGAGGAGAUAGGAGGAGGGGGGCCUCUGGCGGGACGGCGAAUGACCAUCCCUGGUGAGGAAGAACUGGGUGUGGUCCUGGUGGUGCCUCCACCCUCUCAACCCAGAAAACUCCGCCUCCACAAAGAGCUGUCAGACCUGGUGGCUAUAGCUCGGACGGGCAGCCGCAGCUUCUAUGCUCAGAGAGCCAGUCACAAACUGGCUCAGCAGCAGUCCCCACCCAGCAGCCCGUCCUCUCCCAGCACACCGAUGCCUCCUGAGCCGCCUUAUUGGACGCUUUGCUCCCUGGGUGAGGGAGAGGCUGGGCGACUGACCACUGAGAGCCCAGAAGACCUUGUAAUGUUCACCAAGCGCACCCUAACCAGGGUACGACCCAGUUCAGUGCGUCUGGACUCCAGUAACCCCAACCCUCAAGGAUACUGGAAAGGAGGGGUCCAGCUCGUGGCCUUAAACCAGCAGACCCCCGGCGCCAUGUUGGACCUACACAGAGGUCGCUUCUCACAGAACGGAGGGUGUGGUUAUGUUCUCCGACCUGCUGUAAUGAGGGACGAGGUGUCAUAUUUCAGUGCCCACACUCAGGGCUGUAUGCCGGGAGUGCCACCCCAAACUCUGCGGAUUAAGGUUAUCAGUGCCCAUAAUCUGCCCAAGCCUCUGGGAUCAGGGGCUAAGGGAGAGGUCAUUGACCCGUACGUCGUUCUGGAGCUGCAUGGCGUACCAGCAGACUGUGCCGAACAGCGGACCCGCACUGCUGCCCAGAACCAGGACGACCCACUGUUCGAUGAGACCUUUGAGUUUCAAGUAAACAUGCCGGAGCUGGCCUUGCUACGCUUUGUGGUAUUGGACGACGACUACAUUGGAGAUGAUUUCAUUGGCCAGUACAGCGUGGCCUUUGAGUGCCUUCAGCCCGGCUACCGCAAUGUGCCACUGCUGGGCUUGGCAGGAGACCCGUUACCCCACACCAGCCUCUUUGUCCAUGUGGCGGUCACCAACCGGCGGGGAGGCGGGAAGGCCCAGCGACGAGGUCUGUCGGUGAGGAGGGUGGGGAGGCGAGGGCGGGAGUACGUCACACUGAGGCACACUGGCAUCAAGGUGGUGGAUGAGACUUUCAAACCGGCAACUGCCCCCCUCAAAGAGGCAACGGACCUGCGGGAGGAUGCUCAGAGCACCACCGCCAGCUUCAAAGAGCAGUGUGGGCUCCCCACUAUGGCCAAACUGAAGCAGUGCAUCCAGAGCCUGGCCACCAGGCUGCAGAGCCCUGAGGGCACUAUGGGGGCCACCAUGGUGCUGAAGGAGGGCUACCCAUGUCUGGAGCCUCUGGUCAACCUCUCCGAACCGACACGCAAACUGCUCACUGCCUACGACACGGUCAGUAAGACGAGUGAGAGCGGUGUGCACAGAGAUGUGCUGGGGGGUAUACCUACUACAGCCUCUGCUCUCUGUCUCUCUUAUUUUCAUAGAUGCCUGCCUACUCCUCUAAACCGAUGCUGUUUGUGUUUUGCAGGCAUGGACUUCCAUGAGGAUCUGUCUCGUCUUGGAGAGAAGGAGGGACUGAAGGGACGCAAGCUAAGCAAAGCUGUGGAGAGUUUUACCUGGAACAUCACUGUGCUCAAGGGUCAGAGCGAUCUGUUACGGGGAGCUAAGAUGGAUUCCCUUGAUGCCCUGAGGCAGCUGGCUCUGGCCUGUGAAGCCUGCGGACUCACCUCCUCCUCCUCUUCCUCCAACUCCUCGUCCUCCACAUUUUCCACAGCCGAGCUUCACUACUCCUCCCACCCCCUGUCUGGCCGCCGAAGCAGCACACACGGCAACGGACGCAUCUGACACCCCCCCUCCCGCCUGGGUCCAGCAUGCAGCCAAAGAGGAGAAGAAAGUGGACUGAUUAAUUACAGAGGAUAACAGAGAUGAGGAGAUAUGAGAGCAAGAAAGACAGCAAAAGAAAAGUUUUUCUAUCCCUUUAUCCAGUGCAGUAAGUGUCUAGACUAGCCUAGACCAGAGCAGUAUAUCUGUUAAAGCCUUACGGUGAGUUCAUCCAUUUAUCACUGAGGGUCCGGCAUGCAGGGAGGCUUUUCAUGAAUGUCGUAACUCCGUAGUGGAAAAGACAGACUCUCCAAGCGGAUCCUUGAACUUUUGGCGGCUCCUGCUUAUUUUUCUGAGAGGAAGUGUGUGACUCAACAUUGUAACUCUGCAGGGUUUUUCUCAUUAUAGAGGAAAUCAUGCACACCUGAAUAAUUUUGACAACAGGGCUGUAUUCGAGCUGAUAUAAACGGCCCUGUUGUUUUUUUUUAUAUCAGAGGUGGAACGCAGAGUGGAUGGAUAGCUGAGGGGACAGAUGAGUGUGUGUGUGUGUGUCUGUGUGUGUGUGUUUACGGUGUUGCAGGUUGUGACCCACAAAAACGGGGGGAUAAUGUUAAUGAUUUUAAUGUAAUACUACCUUUUUAAAACACAUAAGUUUUAUGGUAAUUCUAUUUUUGUUUUUAGAUGUUAUUAAAAAAAUUUAAAGCUGCAGUAGGUAACUUUUAUAAAAAAUACUUUUUGUUAUAUUUGCUGAAACUUUCACUAUAUCAUGAGACAUGAGACAGAUAACGUGUUAAAAAAAAUCAUCUUCCUCUGGCUCCUUCUACUGCUCCUAAUGGUAAUUUUCACUUAGUUACCAACUGCAGCUUUAAUGCAAUUGAAUUUUUGGAGCAGCUUAACAUAAAAAAAAUACCUUCCUAAAGGAGUAAUCAAAUGUCACAUAAAGUUACCUAUACAAUAAACGGUCUUGAAAUUAACACAAAACCUUUUCCAGGACCUGAUUGGCUGAACUUCAAUACAAACUUUUAGCGAUUUAUCUAAUUGAGUGCUCUUCGGACAACGACUCUCGUCUGCUCUGUUUAAAGGCCUGUACCCUGAAUGACUCCACAGAUUAGUUGACACAUGCAAAACAUCCACAAGGACCCAUCAGAGGUACAGGUUUUGAGGAUUUGCAGACUUUCUAAACUUUAACCACACAUAAAGUACAUAAAGAUCCCCUCGAGCACACUCAUUUCCUCAUCCAAAUGCUUUAUUCUUGUACUGUGUGAAGGCAUGCACACAGGUUCUUGUUAUCUUCACCUGACGGCCUUUGAGUCUGUCAUGUUCACUUGGAGAGGGGGGCAGCUGAAACACGAGGAAUAAAGCUUAGUGGAGAAGGGAUGCGGUAAUUGGAGAGGCUGAGGAUGUGUGUUGAUACUGUAGUACUACUUGUCUUCUGUAGUACGUGUGGGAUCACAUAACCUCCUCACUAUACCGACAUGUGGGGUAAUGGAGAGUCUGUACGUGUGUGUUUGUGUGUGGGAAGAACAGAUUCCUGCAGCAUUGCUGAAGUAUUUAUGUAGCAAUAAUAAUAGUGGUGAGUUAAAAGAAAAGGCUGUAUAGCUCAAUGUGUGCUGACUGAAGGAUUGGAAACUAUAUAACUAACUUUAUAGCCCAGUGACGCUUUUAAAUGUAUAUGAAAACAAUUACAAAAAUGGUGUCGAGCGGGUGCUACUGAUCAUAGCUAAUAGUUGUUAGCUUACCUGUCAGUGAUGGCGUUCCUCUAGGCCUUUGAGUGUAACCGUGUGUUUCUUCUUAAUGCAGGAAAACAGCUGAAACUCUUUCUUUUAACUCAGCUUUUGUAUUUGUGUAUCUAGCAAUGCUGCGUUUGAACCAAACUUGACAAAAGUGAUGCUAAGCAACACGCAGAACUAAGCUAACCAGAAUACAUUUACCUCCUUGGAUGUUGUCACAACCCACAUAGCAAAACUGAUCUGGCCUAUAUAAUACCGCUAUGAAUCACAGGCCACAUGUGGGCCCGAUCUCGUCAUCCAUGACAGCCAUAUCUCAGCCAACUGUAUGACCAUAGCUGUCCUUAUUCUUGGCAGUUUCAGCUCUCUGUUGGCCAAAUAUGGCAAGGGUGUUUAUGAAUACUGUUGGGUCUCUGUAAAUGUUAUAAGGAG